AUCAUACUUCAUCCCUCCUGAAAGAUGAAGAGCACAUUCGACUGAUUGAACAUUGACUCAGCAGCCAACUAACCAUCAUGCCUCAACAGAUUCGACCUUCCACCUCUUACAGCACCUCAGCGUCCACCUCCUAUACGUCAUACACCUAUGGUGAGUAUAACACGACGACAACCUCUCGUCCAAGGACAGGUGGUCUCAGAAUUAUUGGAAGGCCUGGGACCGAUCGCCUCAGAACUGGUGCGUCGACUAUCGCAAGGGUUGAAGCGCAGCAAGUCGUCUGUGCUGUUACCGAGUCACGGGGUAUUUCUCCAACUGUUGGCCUGGCAUUCGUCAACCUCGACACCGGAGAAUCGGUGCUGUGCCAGAUCUGCGACAGCCAAACCUAUGUUCGAACUGUUCAUAAGUUGCGAGUCUAUGGCCCCUCCGAGAUCCUCAUUGUAGGGACAGCAGCGAGCCCGAAGUCAAAACUCUUUUCCAUCAUCGAAGAGAACAUAGAAGCCAUUGAUAGCAAGCUCACCCUUCUCGAUCGCCGUUACUGGGCAGAGUCAGUAGGUAUCGAGUACAUUCAGCAGCUGGCUUUCGCCGAAGAUGUCGAAGCAAUCAAAAUAUCAGUGUCUGGGAACUACUAUGCAGUCUGCUGUAUUGCAGCUGUCCUAAAGUAUAUCGAGCUCGGGCUGAGGAAGACAUUUCCGUUUCACUCGCUUAGAAUCAAAUACGAACCCUCAGAAGGUUCCAUGAUGGUUGAUGUAUCGACGAUCUAUUCACUUGAACUUGUCCAAAAUCUACAGAAUCCAAAAUCAAGGGACUGCCUAUUUGGCCUUCUUAAUGAAACAUUGACGCCAAUGGGGUCACGACUUCUGCGCAGCAACAUUCUUCAGCCCCUGACUGAUCCAGAGACUCUCAAUACUCGAUAUGAUGCCUUAGAAGAACUGACUACCAAGGAAGAGAUGUUCUUCGCCACGCGUGCUGCUUUAAAGAAUUUCCUGGAUGCUGACAAAAUCCUCACAGCCCUCAUUGUCAUUCCGACGAAGCCUACUAUCCAAACAACUGAGCAGAGCAUCAACCACGUCAUCAUGUUGAAGCAAUUUGUCACUUCCGUGAACCCGAUAUACGAGGCACUCACAGGAGCGAGAAGUUCCAUGCUUCAUAACAUCCGCGAGCUCUGCGCGCCCGAGAACGUCAUACCUGUUCAAGCUCGGAUCGAUGCAGUGAUCAACGAGGAUACGAGUUACGCGAAGCAACCACUCGAGUUGAGAAACCAACGAACCUACGCGGUUAGGUCUGGUGUUAAUGGACUUCUCGAUGUCGCACGCACGACUUAUAAAGAAGCCAUUGAAGAUGCCUACCAACACUCGACGGAGCUAGGCUUAGAGUAUGACCUCUCGCUUGAUCUAAAGUACGACAGUGUUCGCCAAUUCUUCAUUCGAAUCCCAGCAUCGGAGCUUGAAGAGAGAUCUCUUCCACCUAUUUUCACUAACGUCUUUCGCAAGAAAAACAUGAUUGAGUGCCAGACCCUAGAAUUAAUGAAGCGGAACCAGAAGCUUCAGAUCACAGUGUCUCAUCAAGAAGUUGUAUUAAUGAGUGACGAAGCUGUUCAGUCCCUUAUCGAGGAAGUGCGUAGCCAGAUUUCGAUCCUGUUCAAGAUAUGCGAAAGCAUUGCAAUGGUAGAUAUGAUUUCUUCUUUUGCCCAACUUGUCACUACCCAAGACUAUACUCGACCUCACAUCACGGAUACUCUUGCUAUCAAAGCAGGGCGGCACCCAAUUCGUGAGAAGAUCAUGAAGAACAGGUUCGUGCCAAAUGACGUCUAUGCUACUCAACAAACACGAUUCCAAAUCGUCACUGGCUGCAACAUGAGUGGAAAGAGUACCUACAUUCGCUCUAUUGCGCUCAUGGUCAUCAUGGCUCAGAUUGGAAGCUUCGUGCCUGCUUCAUAUGCCUCCUUCCCCGUGUUUCAUCAACUCUUUGCUAGACUAGGAAUGGAUGACAACAUUGAGACCAACGUGUCUACCUUUGCUGCAGAAAUGAGAGAAACCGCUUUCAUCUUACAUAACAUCGAUAGAAGAAGCAUAGCAAUCAUUGACGAAUUGGGUCGAGGGACUAGCACUCGUGAUGGCCUGACCAUUGCACUCGCUAUAGCCGAGGCUCUUGUCCAGAGUCGAGCGCUUGUCUGGUUUGCUACACAUUUCCGAGACGUUGCAACGAUCUUGGCGGAGCGAAAUGGAGUGAUCAGCCUGCACUUAGCGAUGCGUGAUGAUGACAAAAUGACUAUGCUUUACAAGAUUGCUGAAGGUGCCGUCAAAGAAAAGCACUAUGGUCUCGCACUCGCUCGUGUCGUUCCACUCCCCCUAGGACUUGUCGAACACGCAACGUACGUCGCACAAAAGCUGGAGCAUCAUGUCCUCAAGAAGAAGAAAACAUCGACCACUGUGAUUCAUGAACGGCGCCGCAAGCUCAUUCUGAAUCUGAAGGAGCACCUCGUCCAGGCACAGAGUGGUGUCAUGGAAGGCGAGGUCUUAGCCGCAUGGCUGAAGGAGCUACAGAAGGAGUUUAUCCUCCGAAUGGCAGCUAUCGAUACUGAGGCCGCUAAAGUGGAACAAGAGUCCGAAGAGGAGGGUGUGGAAAUGAGACCCAGGACGGAGUUGGAGCACAGUGAGUGUGAGCAUGAGGACGAGCGUCAUGAUACUCGCGCCAGCCAGCCUUCUAUCCUUACGGUGACCUCUGGAAAGACUACUUCGACUGCGACAUCGGAUUCAAUGGACUCUGACAUUCGUGCCUUGUCCGAGAAUGAGUUUUAG